AUGGAACAAGCACAAGACAUACACAAGUUUGAGAUUGCAAAUUUCGAGUUUCAGAAUGGAACCGUUUUGCCUUCUGUUCAAUUGUCAUACUUGGACAUUAAUGCCGAUCAAGCGAAAACAGCCCUUGUUGUGACUUGCUUCCGCGGCCGCCUACACACUACAUUGAACUUCGCCCGAGGAGCACUUCGCAAUCACCGAAUUAUUGUCGUGGCCUUGUUUGGCAACAGCGAGUCUUCCAGUCCGUCCAAUACGGCUGGCUUUCCAGCUAGUCUUGAUUACAGAGACUGUGUGCGGGCUCAACACGCCUUGCUGACGUCGCAUCUUGGCAUAAACACGAUUGACAUUGCUGUUGGCUUCUCCAUGGGCGGACAGUGUGUCUAUCACUGGCUGUGCAUGUAUCCCGAUAUGGUAGGCAAGGCCUCAAUCAUUUGUUCUUCUGCGCGGACCAGCAAACACAAUUUCCAGUUCUUGGAGGGCCCAAAGUUUGCCCUGACAGAGUCUAUUGAUUACGCCAAGGACCAGACCUCAAGCAAGACAGUUCGAGGACUACGGGCUUUUGGUAAAGCAUACUCUGCAUGGUUAACGAGCCCCGAAUGGUUCGACCAGGAACUAUACAAGACGCAGGGAUACACGUCCCUCGAGGCGUGGGACGAGGUGGUUGCUGGGACCAACUAUGCUGGUUGGCAUCCUGAAGAUCUCCUGGUCAAGCUUGGAAUGUGGCAAAAAAGCGACAUUACCAUUCAUGGCACAGUUCAGAAUAGCUCUUUGGAGACUGUACUUGGGGAUAUCAAGGCUCCUGUGUUGCUAAUGCCCUGCCAGACGGACCAGUACUUUCGAUGGGAAGCCUCAGAAAGAGAAGCUGCUCAAAUGAAGCACGCAGUCUUGAAAGUUAUCCCUUCUGUCUGGGGCCACCUAGCUGGCGCAGGCGUUGACUCAGAGGACCGAAAUUGGUUGGAUAGUACACUCUCUGAGUUUCUGUCAGAAAAUGUAUGA